UGGAUUCGAUCACCUCAAACGAUGCAUGACCUAUCUUCUUUUAGGGUUAUGUCAGAUGAAUUCUCUUCAUUGUCCGGUUUUGACUAUACGAUUGAUAAAACAUGGGAUGGGUUACCAGUGGACCACGAUCCGAUUCACGUUAAAAUGAAGUGGCAUUUUGCUAAGCAGAGAGGCAAGCCUCACAAAAGGGUGAUUAAGAUAAACUUCGAGGCUCCUUUGUUUGAUGAUCCUGAAGCGCCUCCCGAUCCUCCAGGGAUCCUUCCAGGUCUAUGGGAAUACGAAGUGGUCGAGUUCUUUUUUGCAAACAAUCGUGACCAGUACAUCGAAGUAGAAAUUGGUCCACAUGGUCACUGGCUAUGUAUGCUUUUUGAUGGGAUUCGGAAGCCAUUUAAUUCAGGAGAAGACCUGGAACUAGAAAUAACUAACAAGUUUGUUGGGAAUGUCUGGAAUUGCGAGUUGGAGAUACCGCUUGCUUAUCUACCUGGAAGUAAGCAUUAUAUAACAAAAUUUAAUUCUUUUGCAAUACAUGGCACUGGAAACGAGCGAGUUUAUGAAGCCUUUAGCCCUGUAACAGAUGGAAACUAUGAGGAGCCUGACUUUCAUCGCUUACAGUUCUAUGAAAAGAUUAAUAUGCGACGGUUACUGCCGGAUGGUUAUGGCACGAAACCUUUUAUCGACUAUAAAUACGGAGAUAUUUGGAAAGAUCACUACUGA